AUGACUGCAUCCAAGCGCCCGAAUUUCCUGGUCAUUGUCGCUGAUGACCUUGGCUUCAGCGACACUUCUCCCUUCGGGGGAGAAAUUGACACGCCCAACCUCCAUCGCCUGGCAAUGGAAGGGCUUCGAAUGACCGACUUCCACACAGCGGCCUCCUGCUCCCCAACCCGGGCCAUGCUUCUCUCAGGAACAGAUGCUCAUAUCGCAGGACUCGGAGUCAUGGCCGAGAGAAGAAAUCGAUUUCCCCACGUCUUCGACGGCAAAUCCGGAUACGAGGGCUAUCUGAACUACAGGGUCGCCGCAUUGCCCGAGAUAUUGCAGGACAACGGAUACUUUACGUGCAUGUCCGGGAAAUGGCACCUAGGCUUAAUGAAAGACGUCGCUCCCUGCUCACGAGGCUUCACCAAAGUCUUCACCACCUUACCCGAACCGCACCCCCGAUCAAAAACAACAGCCCUUCUUCUCUUACCUCCCCUUCACAGCCCCCACUGGCCCCUACAAGCCCCAUCCUCAACCAUCCAGAAAUACCACGGCCUUUACGACGAUGGCCCUCUCGCCCUCCGAGCUCGUCGUCUCCAAAGCCUAAUCAAAAACGGCCUCGUCCCCGCAGACGUCGACCCCGCCCCGAUCCUCACCCUCGGCACGACCCCCUGGUCCUCCCUCCCAGCCUCCGAGCAACAAAAAUCCUCCCGGGCCAUGGAAAUCUACGCCGCAAUGGUUGACCUCCUCGACGUCAACAUCGGACGGGUGCGCUCCUACCUCGAAUCCACAGACGAAUGGGACAACACAUUCGUAGUCUUCAUGUCCGACAACGGCGCAGAAGGCCAACUCCUCGAAGCCAUUCCGAUCCUCGCGGGUGCCACCCUCGGCGACGUCAUCGAGAAAUACUACGACAACUCCCUCGAAAACCUGGGUAACCAUAACUCGUUCAUCUGGUACGGUCCCCAAUGGGCCUCGGCAGCUACGGCGCCCUGUCGAGCUACUAAAUCCUUCACUACCGAAGGAGGCAUUCGAUGUCCGUGUAUUGUUCGCUAUCCGCCCCUCAUGAACAUGAAACCGGGGAGUAUCACGAAUACGUUCACCACGGUCAUGGACAUUCUUCCUACGAUGCUCGAUUUAGCUGGGGUUGAGCAUCCUGGGCAAAUGUUCAGAGGGAGGGAGGUCGAUCCGGUACGGGGCCAUUCGUGGAGACCAUUGCUGGAGUCGGAAGAUGGGGACGUUGAUAUCUAUCAUGAGGAUGUGGUGGGGUGGGAGCAGUUGGGGAUUGCGGCUGUGAGGGUUGGGAAUUGGAAGGCGGUUUUCUUGCCUCCGCCGAGAGGGGAGGGAAAGUGGGAGUUGUAUGAUCUGGAGAAAGAUCUAGGGGAGGUAAAUGAUCUUUCUGAGGAAAGGCCGGAGAAGUUGGUGGAGAUGAUAGCGCAUUAUGAGACGUAUUUUCAGGAGUCUGGGAUGUUUGAUUCUUAUUCGGUUUUUCAGGAGGAGUUGAAGAAGAGUGGUGUUAAGAGGGCUUGGUAG